GUCCAGAUCGGGGCUGGCACCGAGUCGGUGAGGGCAACCGGGAGAGGAGCGACACUGAAUUAAAGCUGCAAUGAUCUGAUUGGGCUGCGGAAGGCGGCAGCUGCAUGCGCGCUCCCGAGGAACAAACGAUCACCGACACUGCGCAUGGAAUAUGCCUGCUUUUCUAUUUUUAUUAUUAUUUUUUUUUUGACAAGCUUUCGCUAACACAACUGGACUGUUUGGAUUGAUUUAUUUAAAAACAGGAAGUUAACAGCAAAGAAAGGGUGGUCGUGCUGCGUUCAGGAUGACGAGCGUGUUUUGUGCAGUGAGCACAGUGUGCAGUGCUUGAGGGUGACAUGGCAAACGGAGGCAACCAGUUUGGCCUCGCUGAGCGUCCAGACUCAAACUGCAUGGAUUCUCCCAAGGAGAGCAAACAAGAAAGUCCCAGCACUUACCAUUUAAAAUCCUGUGCUUCACCACUGACACCCUCCAGUCAGCAGGGGAUGGAAGGAAUCAAAGUGUACCUUCAUGACAGGGAGCUUUGGACAAGGUUUGAUGAAGUGGGAACUGAAAUGAUUAUCACCAAAGCUGGACGGAGAAUGUUUCCCAGUUACAAGGUGAAGGUUACAGGACUCAACCCCAAAACCAAAUACAUCCUAUUAAUGGACAUCGUGCCCAGCGACGACCACCGCUACAAGUUUGCAGACAACAAAUGGUCUGUAACGGGGAAGGCCGAACCAGCGAUGCCGGGCAGGCUUUACGUCCAUCCGGACUCUCCUGCGACGGGGGCCCACUGGAGCCGCCAGCUGGUGUCCUUCCAGAAACUCAAACUCACCAACAACCACCUGGACCCAUUUGGACAUAUAAUACUCAACUCCAUGCACAAAUACCAGCCUCGCCUCCAUAUUGUCAAGGCGGAUGAGAACAAUGGCUUCGGCUCCAAAAAUACAGCCUUCUGCACCCAUGUCUUCUCUGAGACCGCCUUCAUCGCUGUCACCUCCUACCAGAACCAUAAGAUUACCCAGUUAAAGAUAGAGAACAAUCCCUUUGCAAAGGGCUUCAGAGGCAGUGACGACAACGAGCUGCACCGCAUGGCCAAACUGCAAGGUAAGGACUACCCCGUGGUCCCUCGCAGCACUGGCCGCCAGAGAUCAUGCCCCACCGGGAGUCCCUUCAGUGGGGAGAUCCAGCGUCUGAGGGGCUCACCCGACACGUCCGGAUCGCCCUACAGCUGUGAGAACGGCCUUAGCAGCAGCAGCAGCCCUCAGACCCUGCUUGGUGCUCCGCCCACUCAAUACGCCUUGUCUCAUCCUCAGCAUGUCCAGCAGCCUCAGCUUUACCACUGCACCAAGAGGAAAGCGGAGGACAACUGCUCUUCGGGAACCCGCCAGUUCAAGAGAGGGUUCCCUGGUAGCUCACUGGGCCCUGGCGAGUCCUACUAUCACGCCUCCUCGUUCGCCCCCUCGCCCCUGCUGCUCACCGACGCCCCCUACAGCUCGGACAUGAGCCAGCGCCAGGCGUGCAUGUUUGCGGGCUCCGAGGGCCGAGUCGACGAGCGCGGCUGUGCAUCCUGGUCGUACGGCGCCAUGACUCCUGUGGAGCCCUACCCGCCGUACGCUCCCUACAGCUCCAGUCCGCAGGGCUCUCGGCUCAGCGCCGUAGCCCACCACGGCUCUCCGCCGCUGGGGGAGCCUGUUUCUCACGACCUCUACCAGAGCCAGAGCGCCGGGAACGCUCACAGCAGGCAACUUAGCCCGCCUCUCCACAGAGAGUAUCCUCGUUUCGCCCCCAACCUGUCUCCCCCGCGCUAUCACUCAUUAGAGACGCACAUCCGGUGCGGCGUUCCCGAAUGGAGCGCCGCCUCCUAAAAGUCACUGCACUUCGCAGGGACUAACUCCAUCACCUUUGUGUCAUCCUGUGCCGUGCCAAUUUCUCCAAAGUGUCCCUCCCGUGUGCCGCAUCGAGCGGCGCUUCAUUAAAAACUUGGACUUCCCAAUUUGAGCAGCACAAGGAACAUCAAAGUCGUGUUUUAUUGUCUUUCUGUAACCCAAAGACUGAUGUCAACCAAAUGUUUUGCACUGUGAGACCCGUUUCAGACCAAACCCUGAACAGAACCUGGCUGUUUUUCCCCCCUCCACUUUGCGUCAUUGUCAAAGAUGUAAAUUGUGACCCACCGUCAGACUUUUAUGGACCACAAUAAUCUCACAGAAAAAGCCCCUGCGGGGAUUUUUAUUUUAUUACUAUUAUUUUUUUAUCUUUAGUGGAGCAAAGCACAUCCUUGACGCAGAAAAGGCAUAAUUCGUGUGUGUGUGUGUGUGUUCUUGUAUUUUUACCCUUCUUGAGACAACAUUAAGGAAAAGAGAAUAUAGAGAAUGUCUCAUUUGCACCCCCGGUGGUGAAAUCUAUCAACAUUAAGGAUUUUUCAAAUUGACUGUGUUGGUUUUAAAAGUGCUCCCCCUCUGGUCAACAUAUGUAUUAACAAGUGUGUCUAAGAAAUUAAAAUGCGUCCCCUUUGGCCAAAAUUGAUUUAAAAAAAUAAAAUAAAUAUCUAUAUAAAGACAUACUGUAAUAACUUGAAGUAAAUAAUAAAGAUUAAAAAAACCAUUACAAACCAAAAAUGUUUUUAAAAAAUAACUAAAAGCUUACCUUUUUUUAUAUGUGCAUAGUAUGUAUAUAUUAUUAAUGUUGUAAAUACAAAUCUAUAUAUAGCUAGAAAGGGGGGUCCUAAAGAGGUAGGCAUUUUAUAGAGGUCUCAAGAAGGUAUAAAAUACAAGAAUGUGUGUGACUGUGUGUGUGUGUGUGUGUGUGUGUGUGUGUGUGUGUGUGUGUGUGUGUGUGUGUGUGUGUGUGUGUGUGUGUGUGUGUGUGUUUUCUCGUAUUUCAAUCCUUCUUGAGACAUUAACAUGGAAAAGUACCUUCCAUGAGGACCGGUAAACAAGUAAGGACCGAAAUCAUGGUCUCAACAAGGAAAACCGUUGCAUCUAAUAGAGAAUGUCUCAUUUGCACCCCUGGUGGUGAAAUCUAUCAAAAUUAAGGUGGUCCCAAAAAGUAGGGAUUUUUCAAAUUGACUGUGUUGGUAUUAAAAGUGCUCCCCCUCUGGCCAACAUAUGUAAUAACAAGUGUGUGUAAAAAAUUGAAAUGCGCCCGAUUUGGCCAAAAUUAAGGUCCUAAAAAGGAGGGAUUUUUCAAAUUGGCUGUGUGUUGGUACUUAAAGUGCUCCUCUUCUGGUCAACAUAUGAAAUAACAAGUGUGUGUACAAUUUGAAAUGCUCCCCCUCUGGCCAACAUGUGUAAUAACAAGUGUGUGUAAAAAAAUUGAAUUGCACCCCCUUUGGCCAAAAUUAAUAAACAAAAAAAUGUACAGUGGGGCAAAAAAGUAUUUAGUCAGCCACCGAUUGUGCAGGUUCUCCCACUUAAA